AUGAAUGCAAUGCCCUACACUGCAAUGGAUGACCCUUGCCUAGCUGAUACAAAAAAAAUCUUCACCAUGGAUGCUACAUUGGAUUAUGAAGCAUUGGUUAAUACUUUACAGAGACACACAAAAUGUACAGAACAUACAUGCCUCAAGAAAAAAGGUCCCACAUUUGAAUGUCGUUACAAAGCUCCAUGGGUUCAACAAGAGAUGUCUACAUUGACAGUUGACAAUGACAACAACCCAUGCUAUAAACCUGCAAGGAAUGAUGAUCGUUUGAAUAUUCAUAAUCCUUGGAUGCUUUCACUAUGGAGAGCUAAUAUUGAUUGUCAACCAGUCACUUCAAAAAAAGCUGUCCUCCAAUACAUUUCAAAGUAUGCUUCAAAAUUAGAAAACAAAUCGCAAUCCUAUAUUGAAAUGCUGAAGACAAUACUAAAUACAAGUAAAUCUGAAGAUAGCAUUUUAUUAACAUAUCAGAAAUUUAUGAUGGGCAUAGUAGUAGACCGUGAUAUCAGUGCACAAGAAACUUGCCAUAUGUUACAGAAAUUGCCUCUUCUAAGUUGUAGCCGACAAUUUGUCUCUCUAAAUGUUGGCAAAAAAAUACUGCACCGUGUCAUAAAAUCAGAUAAUGGAGCUGACCUUUCCACAACUUAUAUCCAUGCUUAUAUGCAGCGCCCUUUUGAAUUAAAUGCAACAAAUUUGCUACAAUCAGCACAAGGGUUUUCAUAUAAUUCUCAACGCAAAAAAACAAAAUGGCACAUCAGGGAUAAAAAAGCAAUUGUGACUAUUAUAGAUGAUUGCAGCCUUCCAAACGAAGAUGACAGUGACAAUAAUGGUUCCCAACAUCAAGAUGAUACAAAUCUGUACGAGUGGGAGCAGAUCUCACAAAUGGGAGCUACAAAUAACUUUGUCCAGAAUGAUCUGCAAAUGCUAGGCCGUCGUGAUUACGAUAUUAGCCACUUUUGGGGAGCAACUGUUGUGGUUGAUCAACUAGACUCCACUGCCCUUCAGUUCAUAGCUACAAGCAAGCUAACACCCCAACACACUAGCAUGCAAAUCUCCAACCAAGACACAAAAAAAAAACAGCUAUCGCCUCAGCAACAAGUUGCGCUCAACAUUAUUCUACAACAUCAUAAUAAUCAAUCUGUAACAACACCUUUACAAAUGAUUGUUCAAGGCACUGCUGGCACUGGUAAAUCAUUUUUAAUAGAUUGUAUUAGAAAAGAAUUAAACAUAUCUCCACCUAUGAUGGCAAACCCAUUGCUUGUUUUAGCACCAACAGGAGUUGCUGCAUUUAAUAUACAAGCGACAACAAUCCAUGCAGGGUUGCGCAUACCUAUAAGAGAAAUGCAUCCUUUGACAGGGCAGUCAUUAAUGACAUUGCAAGAGCAAUUGAAACAUAUCAAAUAUAUUCUGAUAGACGAAAUGAGCUUUUUGGGCCCGAAACUACUACUUAAGAUAGAUAACCGUUUACGCCAAGCAUUCCCUAACAAACAACAUGACAACUUUGGUGGCGUGUCCAUGAUUCUUGUUGGUGAUCUUGCUCAGCUUCCCCCUGUAAUGGAUAAACCUGUAUAUGCUUCGCACUCUACAGCCCUCAGUUUAUGGCAUUCUUUUACUAUUGUCAUAACAUUGGACACUAUUUUCCGCCAGCAAGCUGCAUCUAUAAGACAACAACAAUUCAGAGCACUUCUUCACAACUUAAGAAACGCUCAAGCACUCCAACAUGAUUGGCAGUUUCUGAUGUGCCAGACAAAUGCAACAUUAACUAUUCAACAAAAGAAAGAUUUCGACUCUUCGAUCCACCUGUUUGCAACAAAUGAAUCUGCACGCUUGCAUAACAGGAAAAUGCUCAAAGAAUUAAAUUUGCCUGUCGCUCUAAGUUUAGCUAAAAUUGCUAAGCAAACAAAUACUGAAUAUGACACCAAUGAACAACUACCAUUGGAAGUAUUACUUUCUAUUGAUCAGCAAGUGAUGUUAAUAGCUAACUUGUGGAUCAAAGUUGGCCUUGUUAAUGGCGCUAUUGGUCUCAUAAAACAAAUUGUAUAUGAAAACAAUACAAAACCACCGGACUUGCCAAAAUAUGUGGUUGUCCAAUUCAACGAUUAUAAUGGACCUCCAUGGGAUAUAGCACAUCCAAAAGACAUACCCAUUUUGCCAAUAACGCGAGGCAGGCGUACGCAAGUGCCUUUAACAAUGUCUUGGGCCAUCACUAUUCACAAAUCCCAAGGUCUUACAUUAGACAGAGCUACCAUUGACAUAGGUAAUACUGAAAAGCAAGGGCUCACAUUCACAGCUAUUUCAAGAGUGAAGACAAUUGAUGGAAUACGGAUCAAACCACCAUUCUCUUUUGAAAGGUUUUCCAAACUGCAAAAUAAUGCUUAUACAACCAUUAGAAAGAAAGAAGAAACUCGUUUGCAGCUGCUCUCUGCGCAAACAGAUAUCUAUUCACCUUAA